GUGUUUGUAUCUGCGCUCACUGAACUAUAUAUUUGACCUACUACAUACAUUACAAUUGUGAUCUAGAUAUACGUUCACACCUACAACCAAUAGACCAAGAUGCUCACCCCACCCCCAUCACCCCAAGACCUCCUCCUCUACCGCUACCAGCACGCGACAAACCUAGGCUCAGUAUUUAUCCUAGAAAGAUGGCUCCGAAAUAGCAUGUACGACGACGAUACCCCCGGCUCCAGUGAACUAGAAGCCAUAAAACGGUCCCUACAAAUCCGCGGUCUCCACGAAACUCGCACAAAAUGGGAAACCCUCUGGCUAACAGCCCUAUCCGACGACGACCUGCACUGGCUGAAACACACCGCGCGCUGCAACUCCAUUCGUCUGCCGAUAGGAUACUUCACGCUAGGGCCGGCAUUCUGUAUCGGUACGGAUUUCGAUGGGGAGCCGGGACAAGUGUAUCUGCACUGUUGGAAUACCGUCAAGCAUUUGAUUGAGAAGUGCCACGCUCACGGUAUCGGUGUACUCAUCGACUUCCACGGUGUACCUGGAGGUGCGAAUGGCGAGGGCCAUAGCGGGACUGAUUCCGGACGAGCUGAGUUCUGGGAAAACGAGCACUAUCGCGCACUAGCAAGAGACAGCAUCGCGUUCGUUAUCCAAGAGGUUAAAUUCCAUUCCCUCCACGGCGUCAUUGGCAUCGAAUUAUGCAAUGAAGCAACCUGGGAUCCACCGAAUCUGCACGAAUGGUACGACGAGGUCAUCGAAGUUGCCAGUGCCAUCGACCCAUCUAUACCGAUAUACAUCAGCGAUGCAUGGAAUCUUUCCGCAGCGCUAGACUACGCCCUAAGCAAAAACAACAUCACGUUACCCUUCAAGAGAAAUCCCGUCAUCGUGGACACACACAAGUACUACUGUUUCACCGAAGAUGACAGAAAAAUGCACCCCGAUGCGAUUCGCGAGCGUGUUGCGGAUGAACUAGGGGAGCUAGCUGAGCGUCAGGGGAGCGUGUUCGAUCGUAAAUCAGCUGUUGAGGUGUACAUCGGGGAGUAUAGCUGCGCUAUGGACCAGCAUAGUUUCGAGCAUGGUGAUCCUGCCCAACGGCAUGAGCUGACUGUUGCAUUUGGGAAUGAGCAGAGUCGGACAUGGUCGGAUAAAGCGUCUGGCUCGGCGUUUUGGACGUUUAAGAUGGAUUGGAUGGAUGGUGGGGAUUGGGGGUUUAAGGAACAGGUUAAUACCGGAGCGAUUCCGGCGCCUCCGUGGCUGGCACUCUCAAGAGAGGAAGUGCGCGAGAGGCUGAGGCAAGCUGACUUUCAAAGAACUGAUCGCCAUGAAGAAGCAUACUCUCAGCACGUGGGGUAUUGGGACUCCGCAGCCCCGGGCGUAGAAUUCGAACAUGAACGCUAUUCCCGCGGGUGGAAUCUCGGAUACGCCGACGCAGGGUACUUCUUCGGUGCGUUGGUCAACGGCAUGGUCCCUGGUCAUCGUGAGGGAGGGGAAAAAAUCGGUGCUCUUGACCUGUGGGUUCGGAAGAGAAUCACCGAGACGGGCGAGGUGAAUCAGGGUUUGGGCUGGGAAUGGGAGCACGGAUUCCGAAGGGGUAUUAGUGAUUUCUACUCCGUCGUUGGGGUUUAG